AUGAAAGAGGAAACUGUUAUUUUUGCCAUCAUAAUGCUUCUUUGCCUUACAUCAGUUGUAUCUACAUCAGGAGUAGCCUCCUUCUACGCUGAACCAUACAUUCCAUCUGCUUGCGGGCACAGCGAAAAUAUAACUAACAUUAUCUCAGUUAGUGAUGCAUUAUGGGAUAAGCGAAAUGCUUGCGGGCGUAAAUAUACAGUGUGGUGUAAGCCUGAAUCAAGUAGUGAAGGUAUAUUUCAACCUUGCACGAGUGAUGUUGCAAUAAACGUAUAUGGAUAUGAUGUUACAGUAGUUGAUUAUUGCGGGCAGUGCAAUGGUUUCACUAUGCUUCUCUCUAAAGAGGUUUUCUCAGCUUUGACCAAUACAAACCAGGGCAAUAUUCAAGUUGAAUAUUUGUUGCAAUCUAAUUAA